GCUGACAAGAUGUGGAGCAGCAAAUCUAAUAAAGCAUCAGUGCUAAAUCAGAGACUGAUGCAGAGUCCGAGUACGAGGCAAGAUUUGGCCUCAGCAUGGGAUACAGUCAACAAGACCAAAGCUGCUUUGCGCCACAUAGAAAACAGGCUCGAAGCUGUACCCACCACCACUGCAGUGAUUGACACGGUGAUGGAUACUAAGAAAACUUUGAGCAGUGCUACUAGAAAAAUCAGUAGGAGGGAUGGAAGGUACCUGGAGGAUUCUAUAGCCAGUGCUACAUCUGCCAAGUCCAGUAGUCGCAGCAAAUCACGGAAGGACAAAACGUCCCGCAGCCCCUUGCGAUCUACCACUCUGGAAAGCAACAUUAAGAAGGGCAGUCGAGUUGAAUUCAGAGAUCCGCUAACUGCAUAUAGGGAAGUGGAUGUCAGAGUACCAUCUUAUCUGACUGCUAGCCAGCUGGAAGCUCAGCGUCUCCUUUCUGAACGUAACUCCAGUGAAGUGCGAGGGAAGGAGCGUGAAGUCAGCCGCAUGAUAUAUGAGCGAGACAAUCGAAAUUAUCACUGUCUGGACAAUGAGAGUACGUGCUCGACUGCAAUAGAUGACACUGAGGUGAAGUAUCUCAAUGACCACUCAGCACUUGAUGGCCUGCACAGCUCCGACGCACUUUACAAACCUCUUGGCCGAGGUUCCCUGGGACAGAAAGGUGGCACUGAGAAAGGUCCCCAUGUUAAGCUAGUGAGCUGCGAGUCGGAUACAAAGAGCGACCGGCCUUCUGAGCAGUCCCAGUUGUCCUCCCCAAGUUCCACUUCUGAGUCAGUGAUGCAGAAACUGGAGAUGAUGCGCAGAAAGCAGCACGAUGACAAGCUCGAGAAGCUGAAGGAACGGAUCAGGAAACAGCGAGAGCACUCUGAUGAAUCUAUUGAGAGGGAUCGACUACUGAACCUCUGCGAGCUGCCUGCAGUGCCUGCAAUAGAUACCACAAUUUCCACUGCCAAAGUGAGAAAGGUUGCUGCAGCACCACCUGCUCCAUCGUACAAAGGUUUCAACCCGAUGGAGACCAAAAUCCGAACACCAGAUGGCAAAGUGUGGCGUGAGGAUGAAUUGCACCGGGAUUUCACGCUCCAGUUAACAGAGAGCAGUAAAACGAAGGAAGCCGCAUGUGAAAAAGCUAAAGAGAAGAAAAUCACUAAACCAGUGCGGAAAGUGCAAAAGGUUGCUCGAUCACCAAGCCCUGACACCAAACCAAGUGCUCAUGUUAUCAGCACAGGCUCCUGGCGUGAAGGCCAGAAGUUGGUUAAGAUGGUUUUGGGACCUGCACCUAAAACAGUGAAGGAAAAUGAAAAGGCUCCCAGCACAAGAGCUGGGAGAGAGAGGAAUGCCAGACCAAGAAAUACCACAAGAACAGACUCUGACACCAGGCUUGAAGCUUCUAAAAGGUUGCGUCCCAGGAGUUCUGAGAGACAGAGACCUGAGCAGCAGCCAGAGACUGACCGUAGAAAGAAAGAGGGGCAGAAUGAAUUGGACAUGCUGAAUACACAUGUGCUGCCAGCAGAAGUACGAGGGAUUCUCGAUGACCUUCAGAUGAAGUCAUCCCAUCAAGAUCCGGAAGACAAGGUUGGUUUGGAAGAAGGUAAGAGACCAAUUGGAAUCCGGUUCUCUUCGAGAAGUGUGAGCCCAGUUAAGAGGAAGCAGGAGAGGCUCAACCUGAGCACAGAAAUGCAGCUGAAGCGAUUGCGUCACUAUGAUGCUGAGGAAGUGCGCCAAUAUAUUGCCAGGCAGCAGGUAGAGAGGAAGAAGAGGCAGACAGAGGAGAAGAAAGCCCAGAAGGAAGCAAUGGAACAAAAGAACAAACGUCUGCAGGAACUCUACAGAAAGCAAAAAGAAGCCUUCUCAAAGCCCAGGCAAGAGCCAAUGUGUCAGAGACGUUUACAGGAAACGUUCUCGAAAUAUGUGUCUGAGCCAGCAAAGGUUGAAGAGCCAUCACACCACGAAGCAGUGCUGGAGGAGAGACAGCAAAAGACUGUUUAUCAACCUUCAGGAGAAUCUGACAAAGAGAACAAAGGUCAAGAGCGGCCCCUUAGUGCCUCAUCGAGUAGUGACAUGUCUCUCUCCGAACCUUCGCACAGGUUGCAGAGACAUGACCGUUUGGAGUCCACGUGGAUGCCGACUCAUCGGUUGAACCCUACAGCCCAACCAGCCCACACUGGCAGUGGAGCCAACCACCUGCAUCUACCGAAUGCGGAAUCUCAAAAUCUGUUGCCCGAGGAUUUGGAAGCAGCAGCAAAUAGGAAGGAAGCUCCAUCGAAAGGGCAGGUGCCUUCUCUUCAUCCAUCCUCUGGCUUCUCACCAUAUGACUAUACAGCAGGUACACAAAAGCCCAUAGCCCCGCAGAAAAGUAGACUAGACCGCAUUGAGGCACUGAAGGCAAUGGCAGCCUCCCUCUCCAAUCGAAUUGAGAAUGGAGCCAAAAAGCUUGCAGGUGCGGGCAUCAACUACGGUGUUGCGCAGAGCUCUGAGCAUGAUGUGCUCCAGACCGCAUGGGAUGAUGGGUGCUGGGUAAAGCCUGUCAGUCCACCAGUCCGUGACGGUGGUGAGGACAGCAUCUCACCCAGAAUGCAUCGAAUUCGAGGAGCCAAUGUGGGUCUCACUACCUAUGUGGAUGGUCUACCAGGAGUCAGCAGUCUUUAUGAAUUUAAAAAGUUUGGUGAGUCACCCCAUUGUCAAGCCUCCACAACAACAACAGCAGACGUAGAGGCCAGGACUUCAGGGACAGACAGGCAACAGGAAGUGAACUGGGAAAACACAUACAAGAGGUCACUUGAGGCCCUGGAGCAAGAUUUGCAAAAGCUCAGCAGAGAAAAAAAGCAGUUUGAUUCCCCCCAUUCUAGUGAAGGGUCAAUCAGUGAAGGGCCACUGCUGAGUGAAGGAAGUCUCUCUGAGGAGGAUGGUCUACCCAGAUGCAGAGAUCCUGUUGGAUCAACAGAAAAGCUAAAGGACAAGGAAUUCUGUGCAGGAGAAUUGAGCUCAUCCAGACCAGUUUUAGAUUUCCAGAAAGAAGCAGAAAAGUACCAACCACUGCAAAUACACCCAGUGGGAAGCAAGAGCCGAGCACCUUGGGAAGAGCUGGCCAAAGGAAGUCCUCACAGUGUGAUUAAUAUCUUUACAAAGAGUUACCAGUUCACUGGACAAGGAGGUUUGGAGGAAGAAUCUGGCAGAAGCUCACCAACCCUGCAGCCCCUGAUGUCUACAAGUCCUGAAGUAGCAGCUAUGUAUGAGGAUGACUUCCUCUCCUCCCAGAGCAGCACAGCUUCGAGCAGGAAGAUCCCAUCAUAUCAAAGCAGAGCGUCCAGUGCCCAAGGUGAAUGUCCCAGCAAAGGUUCUAUCAAUACAGCGUCGGGCGAGGUAUCCCCGCAGUCCUUGGGACAAUGUUCCACGGUCUCUUCCCGAUCCUCUGGCUCUUCAGGAAAGAAACUAAAAAUAGACAGUAAUGAUGCUGCUGGGAGUGUGCAACACUCUCCUGUGAAUGAUGGUGCUUGGGUAUCUGCCAGUAUUUCAGAGCGGAGUUCCCCUGAAGGAAGGAUGCCAAGCCUUGGGCAAAUGUUUGUGGAAGAUGUUGAGCAAGUGAAGGACACAAAAGUGCAGGAAGACACCACUGUUCAUGUCCCAACUAGUGCUCAGGGGGAGUCAAAGGCCAAGAAAAGCACAAGCUCUUCUUCUUUCCAUUCCCCUGGCAGUUCUGUGUCUCAGAGACAUUUUCAGAAUGAUACAGUGAUAACUUCCGGAGAUGGGAUGAGGCAGCUGCCUGCUACUACCUUCACACCUUCACCGUCUCUAGCCUACAGACCGCAACUCGCUGAUGUCAGUGUUACUGGAGCCAGACCCUCCAUGUCCUCUGCUGCAGUCUCCAUGCUCAACUCCCCGUUAAGUCUCCAACACCGCAUGACUGCUGAACUCACUUAUUUGGAUGCUAUAGAAGAGUCCGUCCGCCAGCUGUCGGAGAUAGACAGGACCCGGGGAAUUGCCCUUGCUCAACAAGAGACUGUGUCGUUGGCUCAGAUCCUAAAGGCCCAACAGCAAAGACAUGAGCAUGACCUAGCCCUGCUGAAGCUGAAGGCUGAGCAGGAAGCUGUUGCAAGUCAGAGGCAGCUAGAGGAGGCCAGGCAGAAAGCUGUACAGGUGCACGCAGAAACGCUGCAGCAGUUUGCACAGGUUCGCCAAGAGAUGCUGCAAGAGUCCACAAGUAAAAUGAUGACUCAGCAGGUGGAAGUUGCUAGGCUGGCAGCCGAUACAGCACGUCAGGUUAAAGAGAUGACUGAGUUGGCAUGUGCACAGGUUGUAGCAGGAUCUCUGACUGCUGCAAACCUAUCUCGUGGAACAGCUCCUGUGCCAAUGACAGUGCUGUUGGACCAGCAGAGGCAGCAGCAUUCAGACUUCAUGAAGCAACUGCGAACCAGGGCUGAAUCUGACAGCAGAAAGAAUGAAAGCAGCCAAACACCAGUUGGACCUAUGGAGAAACCGCCAGAUGCUAAAAUUCGUUACUCAGCUUCAUUAGACAGUCUGUCUGAGUCAUCCAGACUCAAACACCAUGAUCGGAGCAGCAGCAGCGGCAGUAGUAGGCACGACAGUCCCUCCUUACCAUUUUCAGAGAAAAGCAGAACUUUCUGCCAUGCAAAGGGAAACAGCUCUAUCGAAGAGGUGGUGAAGACAGCAGCUGACGACUCGAUCCACAGCGACAGUGUGCCUUCGUUACCUGAUGAGAAAGACUCUGCUUCUGUUGCCACUGAGUACUCACUCAAAUUUGAUGAGUCGAUGACCGAAGAUGAGAUUGAAGAGAAAUCCUUCCGUUCCCUUCUGCCAUCAGAGAGCCAUCGCCGCUUUAAUAUGGAGAAGAAACGCAGCCAGCAGGAUGAUUCGGAUGAGGACAUAGCGCGGGAUCAGUCGUCUUCAAUAGCUGUAAAACAUGAUUUGAGCAUGCCCUUCUCUGGGGGACAAGACAGUUUCUCCAAAUUCACCAUGGAGAUGGUGCGGCAGUACAUGAAGGAAGAGGAGAUGCGUGCACAGCACCAGGUGUCACUCCUCAAGCUACGAGAACGAGCCUUGAAGGAAAAGACCAAAGCAGAGCUGGCCUGGUUGGAGCACCAGAAAAAACGCCUUAGAGACAAAGGAGAAGAUGACAAGAUGCCACCCAUUCGUAAGAGACAGCGUGGGCUUCUUCUGAGGCUGCAGCAGGAGCAGGCUGAAAUCAAGCGUCUUCAAGAAGCCAACAGGGCUGCUCACAAAGAGAGACAACUAAUUCUGAAACAGCAGGAGGAGAUUCAACGUAUGCGCCAGACCACCAUCAAAAUUCAGGAGAAACUGAAAUCAGCUGGGGAGAGCAAGUUGGUUCAAACUCUACAGGAGCAGCGGAAUGCAGAACAAACAGACGUGGAGAAUGUUUCCAAAGUGAGCCACACUUCCAGUCCCCUGCAAACAGAUAUGGAGACACGGAGCCCCUCCCCUGUUUCGAUCUCGGGCAGUGAGACUAGCAGCAUCAUGCAAAAACUGAAGAAGAUGCGCAGUCAUAUGGAUGAAAAGUUCCUUACUAAAAGGGAGCAGAAAUUGAUGCAUCGGCGACGGCAUGCAGAGGAGCUGCUUGAGUGGAAGCGGCGGCUCGAUGCUGAGGAAGCUGAGAUCCGGCGAAUGGAAAAGCAAGCUCUGGCUGCUUGGGACAAGGACCUCAAACAAAAAAUGACAAAGAGAGAGGCAAGCGAGAAGAUUCCAGACUCUAAGGACACAGGCAGUGAGGAAGAAUGUCCUGCGCCAUCUUGCUCUCAGCCCCACAGUGACAGUUCAAUUCCUGAGGAGGUUGGAAGUUCACCUGUACAGACUCUGGAAUCACCAUCAGCAGCCCUUAGGAUGACCACCAGUCCUGACCAUAGUGUUUUCACAAAUGAUGGUUAUUCCCAGGACUUUGAAUCUGUCGCAACACACAGUAAACAGUCUCCUCCCUCAAAAGUGACUGAGAGUUCAUUGAAGCAAGAUGGCCAGAAAAUCAGUUCCGGUGUCCGUGUGCAUGUCAGACCUGUUGUAAAAUCCCGCCAAGCAUCUGGCAGCUGGUCUGAUGAAUCUGUUUCUGUGACACAGUCAGAAACUACGUCAGACCAGAGUGAUAUUGAGAGCAGGAUCCGUGCACUGAAGGACGAACUUAAGAAGCGCAAAUCCAUUGUGGACAAGUUGAAGAAAGAGCAGAAGAAACGACAAAAGGAACGAUUGAAAGCACAGGAGGCCAGCCUCAUCAAACAGCUAGAGUCCUAUGAUGAGUUUAUUAAGAAGACCCAGGCUGAACUCAGUAAAGAUCUUGAUGUUGCCAGCUCAAGCUCAACCAAACCACAGAUUAAAACUCUGUACUCCACUGCUACUGAGAAAUCGAAGAUUAAACCACUCUCUCUGCAGAGGGCUGAAUCUGCAAAGAGCUGGAAAUCUCUUACUGAGAGUGAAAUAUCCAAAGCAUCACUGGGCCCCAUUACCAAGCAGGAUCAAAGAUCAUCAAGUCCAGAUGGGCAGAAAUGCAACUUGCUCAGCGAACUGUAUGCAUCAGAUCGAAGCAAGUCUGCAGUCUUUGAUAGUCGACCUGAUGAUUCCUCUAGGAGUCCUUCUCCAGUUUUAAAAAGUUACAUGAAAUCUAGACUUGACUUUGUUGAAGGGCUAGAUAAUGUAGCAGGAGCUCUUGAAUGUAGUCUUUUGCCAGAUCAUUUGGCAUUUAGACCAGAGGACGGUUCUGGUGAUGAAAGUGUUGUGUCCAGUCAUCAAUCUAUGCAAGAUGAUAUCCAGGAGGAACUUAAUCAUCUAAAAUCAGAGGACUCUGAUGUAGAGGAUGUACUUGGCUUGUCUAGGCAGUCAGAUCAAUCUGAACCCUUGUUGAAACUAGACAUUGAGAAACUGCAGCACCUCAACAUCUCUGAGCCUAUGGAGGAAUCGACUCCGCUAAACAGAGUCCUUUCUGAUAAUGCAGAACAGCCCUUAGUAGCAGAGCAUGUUGAAAUGAAGUUUGAGGACUUGGAGGAUGAGGAAUACUACUUGCACAAGGAAAGCUAUCCUGAUGAGGAGGAUGGAGCUAGUGAUCAUUCAGCCAGUUCUGUGAAGAUUGUGAAAUCAGUUAAGUCAGAUAACUCUGUUGCAAGUGUUCUGUCUGACUGUGGAGAAUUGAAAAGAACUCCAUCAAAGAAUGAUUCUUAUUCUCAAGAUUUUGAUUGCCUUUCCCAAGGAAAGGAGACUAUUUACUCAGAAAAUUUUGAGUCAUUGCUGAGGAGGGAGACAUCUGAAGACAUGGAUGAAAGUUCACGUGGUGGGAGUUGCAAAAUUGCUACUGAAUCUGCAGAGGCCCUUUUGCUUAGAAACAAAAUUACUAUUGACACAAAUCUCACUGAACUCCAAGUGCUGUCCCCUCCUGAGCAUUCCAAGCAGGAGGAAAUGAAUGAAGAGGAGAAGCUUUCUCGAAGUGCUUCACCAAGCAUCAGUGUGGAUGAUGAAAUCAGUGAGCAACUGUGUGAGAAAUCCUCUCCCAGCUGUGGGAGUGUGCAUUCAGAACAACUUAUAGACUUGAAAUCGGCAACUGAGAAGAUCAGAAAUGAAGAACGAAGUGAUGCCAACAAUGAGGAACUGACUCCCGUGCCAUCGCACUCUCCUUCUCCAUGUCACACCCCAACACCUUUGUUGCCUGAAACCGAUGAGCUGCCUGAAUUCCAAAUCGGUGCGAGAAUUUUAGUUAGUAGCAUCCAACCAGGGACACUUCGCUUCAAGGGCAGAACUAGCUUUGCCAAUGGCUUUUGGGCUGGUGUGGAGCUGGAUAUGCCAGAAGGCAGUAAUAAUGGGACGUAUGAUGGAGUCGAGUACUUCAGAUGCAGGGAGAGAUGUGGCAUCUUUGCUCCUCCUCAUAAGAUUUCCCUUCUACCCAAAUAUUAUGAGAAUGCCGUGGAUACGUUUGAAGAUGAAGAGGACCUACUCGUGGAGGAUAAAUUAGGUCAAGAAUACAAAAUCUGUCAUGAUGAAAGAGAAAAGCCAGACCUUUCAAAAGAAGUAGCAGAACUGCAGGCGGAAGAGUUUGAGCUAAGUAAUACCCCUGGAGAGCAAGUAGACUUUAAGCUUGGUUCAUUUGAAAGUAACUUGAAUGAUCAAAAUGCACGCAGUCAAUUUUCUGAACCAAGUAAGGUUGACUUGCUGCACAUUAUUAAUGAAUCUAGCAAGGCUGUGGAAACUUUUGGAGAUAACCAAAAUUUAAAAGAGAACUUGCCCAAGUCUGGUGAGGAGGAACAAUUGGUAAAUUUGAGUAAAGACCAGGACGAAGAAAAAUUUAACCGGACUGAUGUAUUCAUAGAGAAGGCAUCCAAGGCAGUACUGGAGCUGGAGACUGAUAUCAAUACCGAUGUGUCUAUGUGUUUUUCCAGUGCACAAAGGGAGGAAUUUUCACCAAAUGUCCAUGAAAACUCUUCAACACCUCUCUUGGAUUUACUGAACAGGGAAAAGGAGCAACUGGAGGCUCAAUUUAAAGUACCAUUCCUCAAGCCUGAAUCUAAGGAAAUCCACGAGGAGCAUGAAUGCAUUAACGAAGCAGAACCCAAGGACAAUCGUGAGGAUAGUGAAGACUUUAAAGGAGAUGAGCUGAAGAGCAAUGAUUCAAAGGCCAAUUCUUUGGUUGAUAUGAUACUGUCUUCCUUUGUCAAGGACACUAUCAAACAAUUACAAGAAAUCAAGAAGUCUCGAGCUGAGAAGAUCCAGUUUACUAAUCAAGGGUUACGGUUCAAAUUGGAUGUUGAAUCUUCACCCAGGUCACCUUCCAAGGAUCUAGAGGUAGAAAACCAGACUGUUGUCCAAUUGGAGACAUCUGUAAGAGAUGAUCGUGAUGAUGAUAAGGAGGAAAUAUUAUCGCCAGAUCUUUGUCCUCGACCAGGCAGCCCAGUGUUUGGCACAAGUGGGCAGGAAGAAUUGGCCAAACGCCUGGCAGAGUUGGAAUUGAGUCGUGAGCUGCUCGAUGACCUGGUCGAUGACCAAGAUUGGUUUGAUGAGGACUUUGGACUGAGCGGUAGCAAAGCACAGCAGACAGUGCAGGAGCCCCAACCUCCAAAGGCAGUGCCUGUCCAUGAGGAACCCUACUUUGCUGUACCUCAUGAUGCAUUAGAAGUUGAGAAGAUGGUUCAUGCAGCAGCUGAGGAGCUGUGGAAGUUGCAGGAACUUGGCCAUGAUCUAGCAGAUCUACAAAUGCCCCCAGAUUAUCUUGGGAAUAAUAAAGGGAAAGAUGUAGAGAGUGUGAGCAAGAGAGUUUAUUGUGAGGCUGUAUUUAACUUGACGAGAGAGAUUUUUACUGAGAUGUUUGCUGAAGACCCCAGUGCCAGCCAACCCCCAUGGAUGAAGCCAAGCCGAAUUAGCUCUGCUUUCUUCAGACGAGCAAGGAACCCACGGAAUUUAAAUGAAGUGAAGAUCUUCAUUUCUAAUGAGGUUAUGAAAUUGUUUGGAUUCAACCAAGAGCAAAAUCAGAAGACAGACUGGCAAAAGAUGAUGAAAUUUGGCAGGAAGAAACGUGAUCGAGUGGACCACAUUUUGGUUCAAGAGCUUCAUGAAGAGGAAGCCCAAUGGGUGAAUUAUGAUGAGGAUGAGCUUUGUGUGAAGAUGCAGUUGGCAGAUGGAAUUUUCGAUGCUCUGAUAAAAGACACCAUAAAUGUACUGAAUCAGAUUCAGGGGAAGCAGUUAAAACUCAUGUUAUCCUAACAUGGACCAUGCCGUCGGCCAACUUGUGGACUCCAGAAGAAAGCCAAACCUCAUGCCCCUAACAGAAGAGAAUCCACCUUGGCCUGUAAACUCCUCUCUCCAAUUGGGUUUUGACAUCUGGCAUGGAAUUUCCUCAAUAAGUAGAUGGUUUGGAAUAUCGCUCCUUACUGGAGUCAGCCGACUGGCAGGAUGUGGAUACCAAAAGUGCCAAUCCUUUCCCCACCUAUUUAUAUACACCCCUAUCCCAUUUAUUUAUCCAAACUAGCAUAGACUUGAAUUCAGAGAAGUUUGCACAUUCAGUUGUUUUUGCAUUUACACCUACGUUUACCUUUUUAAAAACGUAUCUAUCUUGAGGUGCUAUGGUAUCUGUGUUUGAUGUACACUAGCUCUGAGAGUUGAAAUUAUGGCUGAUAUCAUACACUGAAUACUACCUCUGAGUGAGGAGUACAUCUGCAUGACUGAAGUGGAGGGCAAAAGUAUGGAGGUUUAAAAAAAAAAUUGCUCUUACUUCAUUACUAUAACUCUUGAUUUUAUUUUUUUGGUUUUAAAUUAUUUCAGAAAGAGGAUAAUUGAUUUUUAUUCAUUUAAAUGGACUUCAAGUUAUUGGCGUUCAUUUUCAGGAAAAUGUUGCAUACUUUGAACAGCUUUUGAGAUCACUUGCAUUGAUUCAGAACUUCUUUGUAAAAGAAAAUGAAUGAUAAUUCAGGUCACAAUACCCUGGUUUUUUGAAGUUAAUUAGUGCAGGGCUUGUGUUCUUUAUUCAUUUAUAAUCUCUGUACCAAUGGUAAAAGGUAUACAUUUCAAGGAAAAUCCCUGGGAUGUCUGACCAUUUAAAAGGUUCUUACUAGAAACCGUGAAGUGCUAACCUACCCACAUUUGUAGGACUGUCUGUCUGUGUCUCUCUCUCUCUCUCUCUUAUGGGAAUCUUUUUUUUUUUUCCCUUCCUGUCUCCCCACGAUAGCAUAUUGCUCCUGUCCAAGCCUAUUUUCCCUAAUGUUCCUUCAAUGAAAUGUUUGAGUAGCUCCUUUACUUGAAACAGUGCUAAGUGUGAUCAGAGGUUCCAGACAUUAAGAAUUUCAGUAGUUGGAUAUCUAAUUAUCUUCCCUGAGCCAUUUGCUCCACCAGCUACAUAACUAAAGAUACCUGAUCUUGCUGCUUAAAAAUAGUCUUGGCACCCAAUCACUCUGCCUGUGAUCUUUAAUAACUGGGUAUUAAUGAAAAGUGAAGAAAAAUGCUUUUCAUUUUACUGUUUUUUUUUUCCUUUGUAUGCCUACUCAACCACUUUGCAGUUGAUGGCUGGUAGAGGUGGAUUUAUCAUGGAUAUCAUGUUGAUCUCGCUCGUUCGUGUGUGAGUGUUUUGUCAUCCCAGUAAGUGAGGGUUAUCUCUCUCUCUCUCUGUCUACUUGACAUAGGCCACAAAGUGCGGAGAAUUACCAGUUGUAACUUGUAGCUUUCUCUGUUUUGUACAGAGGGGAUCAUAGUAUUUCAUGGCCACUUGCUGCACAAAACUCACUUGUAUGCAGGAAUUCUGGCUGAUGUUAUUUUUCUUAUCUUCAUAACCCUGAGAUCUCAGGUUCCCCUUGAAUAGCUAUGAUCCUGUAGCUUAGCACCAUGUAGGGAAACAAAUCCGAACCUUCUAGUCAAUGGAUUGCUUGCAGGCACUACGUUCACAGAAGGAUAUUAAUGAUUUAACUAGUUGCUAUAUGAUGCUGAUUAUGUUUGCUUAUGGUUUUUAUGCAAACUAAAUUUAUUCUUGAUCGCCUUAUUGAUUUCAAGCAAGCAAAUGUCUUCUCUGCUUGCCUUUCUGCCUCCACUUUGACCUCACAUUGUACUGAUACAAUAAUGUUUACCGGAGCUCAACAUGCUGUAGAAAUCAAAGCACAAAAAUUGACGAGACAAGUCAAUGUUUGCAGCUGUAAGCAGGAGUUGGAAAAUACUAUCAAAAGAAGCAGCAUUUUCUCUUGUAUAAACUUGUAGGAGCAAGUUACUCAGAGACAUACCUUUAGCACUACAAUGAUUAAUAUGGCUUUAACUCUGUAGGAGUGCAACGAUAGCCCUGAAAUCUUGAUGAAAGACAUCUGCUGAACAGAGGGAAGCCUCCACAUGCAUGUGAUGUGUUCAUAAAAUAAUUAUGAAGGAUUACUCUGGUCAGUAGACAUGCAUAAACACCUUUUGCCAUACUGCUGCUGCUUGGCAACCAGGCCACAUCUUUUUCCAUGUAUGUUGGACCUCAUUUCUGUCUUUUUGCAAAGCAUUAGGCAGGCACCAACUUGGUGGAUGUGGUCAACCACAGACCAUUGUUUUAACUAACCCACUUUGGCUACAGUACUAAUAGUUGGUCAAGAAUUGGUGGGUUGAUAACUGGGCUCUAUUGGAGGAAGAUUAUUUCAUUGUGAUCCCAGAUCAGACCCCAUCUCUCCUUCAUCUUGUACUUAGCAGUGUACCAAAGGAGCUAGGGCAGCACUGCAAACAUUUUUCCUACCAAAUCAGUUGCUACCAGGUGGGAGUCCCAACUUCAUUUGCCAGUGGAGCAGUACAAUGCUGGUUCUGAUGCACUUGUUCGUUCAGAUAGAGGGGCAAACCACAGCAUCUGCACCAAGCACUGACGACCCCACCUUGUUUAGUAGUUGGUGUUUAGUCGUCAGCCUGUCCAUAGGGCUCGUGUUUAAAAUGGUUGCCUUAGUUACUUAUAUACUUGAGAAAGCCAGUACCUGUGUGUUUUUCAACACCAGUGUUCAGCUGUUUCAAAAAAGAAUAUGAAACCUAUUUAUUAAGAACUUGAAGUUCAAAUGCUGAUGUGCUCAGUGCUGUAGUGGAUUGGUCUCCUCAUUGCAUUGUACCCAAUUUCUGAAACAUAAUAUGCUGGGUAAAUUAAUACAGGGAGACUUGCCUCUGUGCACUUUACAGUGCAGAGCUACACCAAGGAAUACUUGACUGUACAAUGUAUUUUGUGUGUGUGUGUGUGUGUGUGUAUGUGUAAAUACUGGCUGAGCAUUCCCAUCUGAGGCAAUUUGCAUCCCUGUUGUAAUUUUGAGGGAUGGAGUGAUGUGAGAGUAUGGAAAUGUAAAAUAAUGGGUUUUCCCCUCUGUAUACAUAUCUGUAUAUAUAUUUGAUAACAAAUUGACUUAUUAAUACUUAAGAAUUUUGUAAAUAAACAUUUACUGAUUUAUAUGUGA